AUGCGCCACAAAGAUGAGCUAUAUGCCAUGGCGGACGGCAGGGGCCUCUCAGGCACAGACCGUUCUCCGCCCACCCAUGAGUGGGUGGAUGAUGGGACAAGCCUAAUGAGAGGCUCCACAUAUAUACAUGCAAUAAAAACCCGCUUUGGCGUGCUGUCAAAGAACUAUAAAGUUCUCAAAGAGCCAUCAAUACAAACAUCUGCAGGCUUGAGAAAACCUGAUGUCAUAAUAUGGGACCGGCAACAGUCUGUGGUGCUAGACGUGCAAAUUGUCUCAGACUCAUCAGCCGGAGACAUAUUGGACCAUGCCCACGGACUGAAGCGGUCCUAUUAUGACACUGGGGAAAUCCGGGCCUGGGCAUUAGAACAGACGGGCAGCACCCCUGUGUUCACCACCCUUACCAUGAAUUUGCGCGGCAUCAUGGCCACCCCUUCCUAUUUGGCUCUUAAGAGCCUCAAACUUACCAAGGCUGAGCUCCGCCUCUUAGCCGUCCGGGGGAUGGAGGGGUUCGUUGCGACCCUCAGGGCCCACCGAGAUAUCGGAGGGUAG